AUGUCGUCACUAAAAGGGGCGCCGAGUCUUCAGAGACAACCGACCAAACAGUUUUCGUUUGACGUGUUAGACGAGUUCUAUGAGGGUGAGGAUGCCUACGUCCAGUCUGACUUUGAUGGAGAGGAAGUGGAGAGCAAAAAGAAGGAGGAAAAAAAGAAGGAAAAGAGCAAGAAGAAAAAGAAGAAAAAAGAUAAAAAGGAAAAGAAAUCAAAAUCCAAAGAGGAGAAAAGCACAAAUAAGAAGGGAGGGAAGGACACAAAGGAAACAAUCAGCACCGCAUCGGUGAGCGCUGCUAGUGGAACCGAAAGUGGAGGAAAAGCUAAAACCUCCGAUGAUUACGACUACACGUAUGAUGAUGAUUCAUUUGAUAAGUACUCAGAGGAUUUUGACGAUGAAAUACCCGUUGCGCCGCCUUCGGCAUCCAGUAGUGGAGGAAGCGAUCCACCAAGCUCAGGAAGGCAACCUGCACGCAAGGAACUCUUCUCGGAGGAGGCGGCUAAGGCUGCAAAGGAACAAUACGAACAACAGAUGCGGCAGAUGCAAGAGGAGCAAGAGCGGAGGGAAAAGGCCCUGCAACGGCAACAGGAGGAACUGCGGGCGCAAAUGGAGGAGUUCAAGCGGUUGCAAGAAGAGAAACAAAGAGAAAUGGAGAUAGAAGCGCGGGCUAUGAGGAACACCGUAGGGGGCGCACCUGCAAUUGGAUUUCCUACCGGUGCAACCGGGAUGGAAGCGAAAACGGGCCUGCCGCAAGAGGAGCAGCCAGUCGCGAAUAUUGAGAGCCAGCGCCGCCGACAGCGUGAAAGGGAACGUGCAGUACACCUUCGGCGGCUGGAGCAGGAGGAAGCAGCACGAACUCUUUUUCAACGCCUCGCGCAGGAUGUUCGUGAAGUGUUCCACGAGCUCAACUUGUCUGUUGUUGCAGCAGAGAGGGAACGGCUCUUAAAAGAUGAGCGAUAUCGCAAGGAGCGUGAGGUGCGGGACCGUCGUGAGGAAUUGGAACGACGGGAAUGGCUACAGAAAGAAGUAAAGGAACGCGAGGAGCGUUUUUGGGCUGCAAUGGAGGACCGUGAGGAACGAUUUCGGACGUUAAUUGAUGCGAAGAUCGCGAAGGAUGAUGAGGAGCGUGAAGCUCGUCGAAAACGUGAUCUGGAGGAUCGUGAGGAGCGAGCCAAGAACGAGAGGGAGUUGCGCGACGAGAUAACCCGCAUGGAAAGUCAGCGACGUGAUCGCGAAGAUGCAGGCAUUCGCGAACGGGAUCAGAAGUUUUUGCAAACACAACUUGACGACAUGAAACGGAGAUAUGAAAACCAGUUGGAGGAAGCGCGGCGUCAGUUGGAGCUUGCUCGUGCGCACUCCGAAGAGAUGCAUCGUACGGAGCUUGCGGCGAUGGAGAAGCGGUAUGCUGAAUCGUCAGCACACAGUGAUAGAUUGCAUAUGCAGCACGUAGAAUCUUUUGAAGCACAUACAAAGAACGCCGCCGAGUUGCAAAAGAUAGUUGAAGUGCUGCACAAGGAUAUGGAGAAAGCAACGCAGAUGAAUGAGGCUGUCACCGAUGAGCGACUUGAGGUACUCCGACAAAAAGAACGACUCAUUAAUGAGCAGAAGGCACUAGUGGACUCUGUGCUUGAAGAGAUCAAAUAUACGAAAGGGGAAAUGGAGAAGGAGCGGGCUCGUAUUGCCUCGUUGUAUGCAAAGUUUGACAUUGGGUUGUCCAACUUCACAAGAGAAGCUGCAGAGGAGCGCCGCCGUUGCCAGGAGUCUCAAGCACACUAUGAAACGUUGCGAGAGCAGCUUGAGAAGGACAGGAGGUUAAUGCUCCACGAGGUAUCGCAGGAGCGAAAACUCUUUGAACAACAGUAUGAGGAGUUCAUGGCAAAAAAACUGCAUGCCAUGGCUGAGUUACAGGAAGAACGAAUGGCAAUUUCUCGUGAGCGGACCGAAGCCGCAAUGCUUCGAGAACGGCGGAACAAUGAUGAAGCGGAAUUACUCAAAUCCUUACGCGCUCAAGAGGAAGCAUACGCAGCAAAAGUGGAUGCGAUGGAGGAGGAUCGUGUUGCCAUUGGUGAAAUGCGCCGCGAACAAAAGCGGUUGUGUGACGAAAUCGCUGCAGAGCGCGAGGCACUUCGGCAAGAGCGUAAAUCUUUUGAAGAAGAAAAGGUUGAACUCCUGCGACGAUUUGAGGAUCUUCAACGGUACGCCAUGGAGUCUAGCGCGACUAAUGAGCGUCUGCGGAAGGAAGUGGCGAGGCAAAGCGCCGAGGUGGUGGUCCGUGAGCCCCCGGCAAAACGUAUAGAACCGCAUGUGGAUCCAUCGGAAUUGAAUAGCGCAACUUCACGACUGCAGAUGGAUCUUUCUAGACAGCGAGCCAUGUUGCAACGCAUUUCUCACACUUGA